GUGGACUUUCACUUCUGUCUCGAACUGCUCUCGUGAAGCCAGAGGACAUUUUUAUGAGCGGAGCUAAAGUUUUAAGGCAGUUUUUUCUGGGACUGGGACUCCAGAUUAAGACUGGAACUGGGAUUUCAGACUAAGAAGACUCGGACUUGGAUUUCAGAGCAGGGCUGGGACUCCGGGUUCAGUCAGAGUUUAUUUGGAUUACAGGGUUUCUGAGUUUGACGCGCGCAGAAGUUUCAUCAGCAGAGAAACGGUUUUUGCCUCUGCGUCAUUUUCUCAUCAUUAACAGAGCAGCAGGUGUUAAUCUGUCACUACAGUGAUUAUUUAUUAUUCUGGGACAAUAAUUACGACAGUGUGUGUGUGUGUGUGUGCGCGCGUGCGUUUUGUGCCAAUAUGUUCCUGUUGGCCGCGCGCUCUCGCCGCGCCGCGCUCUCAGCGCCAGAUCCGCAGUUUCCAGCGCCUCAGUGCGUUUUAAAGGAGAAACGUGACUCGUUCUCGGUGAAACUGCAUCAUUAAUUAAACUCGCUACUGUUUUUUACUUUUGUUGUCUUCUGGAGAGGACUUUAGUUUUUUCUGUGGAAGCGUUUUCUUGGGGUUUUUUUUGCGCACGGAGAUGCCGCGACAGCUCCGCUUCCUCCUGCUACUCCUGCUGCCGCCGCUGCUGCUGCUCGUGUCCGGCAGCAGGUGGUCAGCGGCGGCCGUCAGGGUGCGGAAGAAGGCCGGCAGCAGGGGGCGGUCGUGCGCGGACCUACCGGAGGAGAUUCUGGAGCAGAUGUUCGGACGUCUGUCUGUGGGAGUGAUGAGCGCGUUCCACCACGCGCUGCAGCUGCAGCCGCGCGACAAACACAACAUGAGCUGCCCCAACAUUUCCACUGCCACGCUAACCCACGGCAAGAGUCACCUUCCGGUCAACCUGCUGAGCGUCGCCCCCUGGGCCUACCGGAUCUUGUACGACCCGACCCGCUACCCUCGCUCCAUCCCUGAGGCGUACUGUCUGUGUAAAGGCUGCCUGCUGGGCGCGUACGGUCAGGAGAGCGACCAGUACCGCAGCACUCCGGUCUACGCUCCCUCCGUGGUCCUGAAGAGGACGGGCUCUUGUGUCGCCGGGCAACACGCCUACACCGAGGUCUACGUCUCUGUAGCCGUGGGCUGCACGUGUGUCCCCAAGCUGCUGGACAAGCCAAAGGAUGCGAGACACAAGAGCAACCAGAGUCUGGACAGAGCGGAGGUCAAAGUCCGACGACUCAAAGCACCACGGAAGAAAGUGUGAAAGGAAAUUUACCCCAGGAUGAGCUUCUAUAUUUAUACCCUGAACCAGAUCAGCUCCACAGAGGCAGCCAUUUUGGAGCAUCAUGUUUUUACAGUAGCCCACAAUGGACAAAUUAUUAAAACAACCUUUGAGUUUUGACGCUAACUGAAGGCUACAAGGACACACUUUUACACACUGUAUCUUUAACUUACAUAGCACAUGUACAGAAAAAUGGUUUUAAUCUCUCAUGUGUUUUUAAUGCUAUUGUGUCCAAAAGACCUAAAAAUCCAGCAGAGAGAAGAAGAAACUCUAAAGAAAACAGUUUAAAAUCACAACAAACUGGAGCCGAAGCUGGAAUCUGGAGAAAGAAGAGACAAAGAAACUCUGAAGAAGACAAUUAAAAUUAAAAGUGUCCAUUUAUCCAAAGAACUUUUCUGCUGCACAAGCAAACUCAUAUGUACCUCAAGAGGGCAGCAGAUGUCUCUACACCAGCACAAAUAAAUGACAACAUGACAAUAAAACAACUGUUUUACACAAUAAAAGCCCUGCUUCACUGUCUCCGA